UGUUACCACGCUAUGUAAUAAGGCUCAAAAUUAAGAACAUCGUUAAGGAAAAAAACACGACGUUACCUACAUGAAAAAUUGACAACAGUAUUAUCAACCAUUUUCAACGGUAUCUUAAAGAGUAUCGUCGUUCUGUAAUGACAUAAAGAUUAUUUGGGGUCAUUAAUUGAGGAUGAUGCAUAAAGAGUACGCAAUCCUACUAUUAAUAAACGUCGUUCAACACCGAUCAGUCACGAUCUAAUUAUUAGCCGAGUGGUGCUGAUUGGCCGUUCUCAAUGUGGCAAUCGUAAGGAAAAAGUACAAAAGAUAGCAGCGCGCUUGACCGGCCUAAUUUUUCUCGACCGUUUCGUAGCAACUGUCACCUCCGAUCGUUCGACAAUGAAAAAUCUGUAGAUGUUGGAUGAAACAUUAACAAUACCCAUACAAAUACUCGAAAAAAUAGAUCCGCCAAUUCGUCAAAGUGUACAUUUCGAAGAAGCAGUUUGUCGGUGGUCGAUAUCUCCCAGUGAAGAUCGAUACUUGUGAUAUUAUACAUUGUAAUAAUAGCAAAGACAGAAUUCGCAGAAGGAGAAAUUCAAGCAUAGAUAAAUCUCAAAUAUAGGUUUGGAGAAUUUAGAAUUCAAAUUUUUAUUCGAUUGAAAGAUUUAAUCGGUAAACAAGACGAUCAAUACAAAAGUUUCAGCGAAGAGAGCAAUACUCCUAAGCAAAAUAAAAACGAAGAAUAUUUUAAGACACUUCCUAUAAAAGCUUCGGAAUCGUAUGAUACUCUACUCGAGACAAAUAAUUUGUCAGAAAUCGCUUUAGAAAAAAACUGAGGGAAAUUUUCCCACAGAGAAAACAGCUUCGGAAAGAAGAAGAGACGUUGAUCAUCUUCCAAGAAAUUCUCUUCGUACGAACUCCUUUGCCAAUCAGAAGAAGCUUUCAAACAACUCUUUAAGUAAAACUUGUGAAGAAUCCUUUAAAGAGAAAACAAUUUCCAAAGAACGCUUAAAGGCAAUCCUCGAGUGAAUUAAAAAAAAACCUAUCUACCUAGAGAAACCGAAAAAACCGCGACAAACAAAAAUGUCAAGCUACGUGCCGCCAAUGCACGUGCCUUUGGAGCCAAAAUGGAAGCACUGGCCCACCUACAUUUACGACAAGAACUACAAUUACGGGAUCAAUUUCUAUCAACCGAUGCUGGAUCACAUCGAUCGGCAAGCUCGAUGUUCCUCGCUGCCGCGCGAUUAUUGCGCUCGCAAAACAGAACCACCGGAAUUACCCUGGUCAGAUGGUAGAGCGUUAUGGGAGGGCAAACCGAUCGAAACAUACUCGAAACACGAGCUGAUCAGACGGGCGAUCGAUGCUGAGGACGAGGCCAGGGAUCAUCUGUCCCAGUUCAAGAUAGCGAAUCGGUCCGACUUCAGUUUGUCGAAGACGGCGCAGGCCAGCCACGUGACUAGAGAAGUAUUUCCACGAAAAUUUGAAGAUUUCCGGCUAAAACCGUUGCCCUUGCUCGUGGAUAGUGCACGCACCAAAGCUGAGGCUAGACAGCUGCAACGUGAAAUGGCCGACAUCGAUUUCCGAUCGCUGAGAGACGUGCAACACAUGUCCGAGGUACAGGACGCCCUCGAUCAUGGAAGAAGUCUGCGUGGUAAAUCAGCUAGAGCGAUCGAGUUCCAUUUAACGGCGGAAGCUCUGAAGAACUUGAACAAGAGUCAAGAAUUGGCCGAUAUUAGAAAGUACCAGAGGGAGACUGCCUCCGCGAAUUAUUCGUGGGACUGCAGAGAUCAUCUGAAGUUAAUGGAGGAGAGAACGAGGAAUUUGUUGGAUGAGGAUAGAUUGACCGCGCCGUUGAACAGCCUGAGCAGGGAGCUGAAAGGAUACGAAGAGAAGUCGAGCAACUACUACCUGGACAAGAGGUAUCGACACCCGACCAGACCGAGACGAUUAUACGGAUGCCUGGGAAUCAGGCCCGCUUGAAAGGAUGGAAAUUCUAGUAGAUUAGUUUAACCGUGUGGGUAAGAUUAAUGUGACACGGAACAAUGAAGAGAAUAAACGAUAAAUGAGAAGUAAUUGCACUGUCGUUUGAUUCUCAGAAGCUUGUAAUUGUAGAUUAGGCGAGUAACGAUUUGUUGAAGAAGAAAAUGUUUUGAUUAGACGAA